AUGGAUGAUAACAACCACGAGUUUAGCAAUGAAAGCAAAAAACGAAAGUUAAGUGGAGCAGCUACCCGUAAGUUAGCUAAGAAGGUUCGUUUGAACAUGGAUGCAAUUACAACUUCUGUAAAUACGCUUGUGUCUGAAGAUCAACACCUUUCUAAAAGUGUCCAUACAGAAAGUUGUGAAACUGAUACGCCUGCUGAAAGUUUUCAACACUGCUUCGAGCAGACAAACAGUAAUGAAGCAUUUAGUGAAAAAGAACUUACCCCAUAUAUCCCGGUACUAGUUACAACUGUUCAAGAACCACUUCUUCCUCAAUCGGAGUUUCCUUCAGAUCCCGGACUAUAUAACAAUACGAGUUUGAGCGCAAAGCCGAUAAGGAAGUUAUGUGAAAUAGGACCAUGUCAGCCAGGUCUACAGAAAUCUUUCCAAUUUCCAACUGAUGAAGCCGGCCGUAAGUUCCAAACAUCUUGGUAUACAAAAACUAUUGGAAAGGGAAGUAUAAAAAAGGAAAGAAAUUGGCUUGUAUUUUCACCUAGCAAUCAAAAAAUGUACUGCCACGCUUGCUGGUUAUUUGCUGAUUUUAAAGCUGAAAAUUAUAGCAAAGAAUGGUCUGAUACAUCUGCAGGAGUUUAUAAGUGGAAAAAAGGCAUGGAAAAAAUAGUUAAACACGAAACUUCUCGCCAGCAUCAAAACGCAAUACGCCAAUAUUUGCUCACUAAAUAUCGUAUUUCAAAUGAUAAAACUGUUAUAUCUGGUUUAAUUAGUCAAGAGUGUCGCCAAGUAGAAAAAAAUAGAGAAGUUUUGAAACGAAUGAUAGACGUAACGUUGUUCUUAGCAAAACAAGGUUUAUCAUUUAGAGGACACAGAGAACAUCAACAUUUCAAAAUUGGUAAUAAAGGUACAGCUAAUAACGCUGGCAAUUUCUUGAACUGUUAA